AUGCUGAUUAUUUUGUUGUUUCAGGAGGACAAAAAAUGUUUCAUAUGUGACUCCGAGGAUCCCUUCCACGAUACUCUCAAUCCUGACAGUCAUCGCAUUGAAAAUGUCGUCACCACGUUCGCUCCAAAUCGCCUGAAGCUCUGGUGGCAGUCAGAAAACGGUUUGGAAAAUGUGACUAUCCAGCUGAACCUGGAGGCCGAGUUUCAUUUCACUCAUCUCAUCAUGACCUUCAAGACAUUCCGUCCUGCUGCAAUGUUAAUAGAAAGAUCAUCUGAUUUUGGAAAAACAUGGCAAGUAUAUAGGUAUUUUGCAUAUGACUGUGAGAGUUCAUUUCCUGGGAUUUCAACUGGACCUAUGAAGAAAGUGGAUGAUAUCAUCUGUGAUUCCCGAUAUUCUGACAUUGAACCUUCAACAGAGGGAGAGGUAAUAUAUCGUGUUUUAGAUCCUGCUUUUCGAAUUGAAGAUCCAUACAGUCCAAGGAUUCAAAACCUAUUAAAGAUCACAAAUCUGAGAGUCAAAUUCAUCAAGCUGCACACGCUGGGAGAUAAUCUCUUGGACUCGAGGAUGGAGAUCAGGGAGAAGUACUACUAUGCCAUCUACGACAUGGUGGUUCGUGGGAACUGUUUCUGCUAUGGACACGCCAGCGAGUGUGCGCCAGUGGAUGGCUUUAACGAAGAAGUGGAAGGAAUGGUCCAUGGGCACUGCAUGUGCAGACAUAAUACCAAAGGGUUAAACUGUGAACAGUGUUUGGAUUUCUACCAUGACUUACCCUGGCGCCCUGCUGAAGGCCGCAAUAGUAAUGCAUGCAAAAAGUGCAACUGCAAUGGCCACUCCAGCCAGUGCCACUUCGACAUGGCUGUGUACAUGACGACGGGGAACACCAGCGGAGGGGUCUGUGACGACUGCCAGCACAACACCGUAGGGCGCAACUGCGAGCAGUGCAAGCCCUUCUACUUCCAGCACCCUGAGAGAGAUCUACGGGACCCCGACGUCUGUGAGCCUUGCAACUGUGACCCAGCUGGCUCCCAAAAUGGUGGCAUCUGCGAUCGCUACACUGAUUUCUCCACUGGCCUCAUUGCCGGACAAUGCCGUUGUAAAUUAUUUGUCGAAGGGGAGCGUUGUGACCUCUGCAAAGAAGGUUUCUAUGGCCUGAGUGCCAAUGACCCAGCGGGUUGUCAGUCUUGUGCGUGUAAUCCUCUGGGUACCCAUCCCGGGGGGAAUCCUUGUGAUUCGGAGACAGGAAACUGCUAUUGUAAGCGCCUGGUGACAGGAAAGCAGUGCGAUCGCUGCCUGCCUGAGCACUGGGGCCUGAGCAAUGACAUGGAUGGAUGUCGGCCGUGCGACUGCGACCAGGGAGGAGCGCUGAACAACAACUGCUCCAGUGAGUCUGGCCAGUGCGAAUGCCGGCCCCACAUGUUUGGACGUCAGUGCAACCAGGUGGAACCUGGCUAUUACUUCAUUUCGCUCGAUCAUUACAUCUACGAGGCGGAGGAAGCCAGCUUGGGUCCCGGAGUAAACAUAAUAGAGCGCCAGUACACGCCGGACCGCACACCAUCGUGGACAGGCAUAGGAUUUGUAAGGGUCCCUGAGGGGGCGUACCUGGAAUUCUACAUCGACAACAUCCCCUACUCCAUGGAGUACGAUAUUCUGGUCCGCUACGAGCCGCAGUUGCCAGAUCAGUGGGAAAAAGCUGUGAUCAGCGUCUCGCGCCCAGGCAAGAUUCCCACGGGUAGCCGGUGUGGUAAUACAGUUCCUGAUGAUGAUAAUCAGGUCGUCUCACUGUCACCCGGCUCCAGAUAUGUUGUUCUCCCACGGCCCGUCUGCUUCGAGAAGGGGCUGAAUUACACCAUCCGCCUGGAGCUGCCCCAGUACUCUUCGGUGGAUACGGAGACGGAGAGCCCCUACACGUUCAUUGACUCUCUUGUUCUCAUGCCACACUGCAAAUCGCUGGACAUAUUCACAGUGGGAGGCUCAGGCGAAGACGUGGUCACAAACAGUGCUUGGGAAACUUUCCAAAGGUACCGGUGUCUGGAAAACAGCAGGAGUGUUGUGAAAACCCCCAUGACAGACGUCUGCAAGAACAUCAUAUUCAGCAUUUCUGCGCUGUUACACGAGACCGCAUUAUCAUGCCAGUGUGACCCCCAGGGCUCCCUGAGUUCGGUGUGUGACCCCAGCGGAGGACAGUGCCAGUGUCGUCCCAACGUUGUCGGAAGGCAAUGCGACAGAUGCGCCCCUGGCACCUUCGGGUUUGGGCCGAGUGGAUGCCGACCGUGCGAGUGCCACGUCCGAGGCUCUUACAACACCUUCUGCGAUGUGGAGACGGGCCAGUGCCACUGCUUCCCCGGGGUGUACGGGCGGCAGUGCGACCGCUGCCUGCCCGGCUUCUGGGGCUUCCCCAGCUGCCAGCCCUGCCACUGCAACGGCCACGCCGACGACUGCAGCCCCUACACCGGCGAGUGCCUGAGCUGCCGGGACCACACAGCGGGGCACAACUGCGAGAGGUGCCAGGCUGGCUACUACGGAGACCCCGUCCUGGGAUCAGGCGACCACUGCCGCCCCUGCCCUUGCCCUGAUGGCCCCGAGAGUGGACGCCAGUUUGCCAGCGGCUGUUACCAGGAUCCGGUCACGCUGCAAGUCGUGUGUGUCUGUAGCGUGGGAUACAUAGGCGGUCGAUGUGAUGAAUGUGCGUCUGGCUUCUUUGGGGGGCCCGACGAGAUUGGCGGGGCCCGCCACGCGCGGCCGUGCAACAUCGACACCACUGACCCGGAGGCCUGCGACAAGAAGACUGGGACGUGUGAGAAGUGCCUGUAUCACACGGAGGGGGAAAACUGCCACCUCUGCAAACAGGGCUACUACGGGAGUGCCCUGCAGCAGGACUGCAGAAAAGCCAUAGAGCUGGCCAGCCUGGGACAUGAGGAGGGCUCUUGUGCGAUGCUGGGUGUUGUUCAGCCUUGGGUUAGUCAGGCCUGGCCACAGGCAUUGGGACGUGCCAGUGUCUACCUGCAGGUCUUGGGACUCGGAGAAUACACUGAGCCCCGGGCAGUCCGCCCUCACGCCAGCGUGGGGCUGAGCUGCCGAGAGUUCACGGGGCAGUGCCAGUGCAUGCCGGGCUUCGGAGGCCGGACCUGCAGGGAGUGCCAGGAGCUCUUCUGGGGCGACCCAGACGUGGAGUGCCAAGCAUGUGAUUGCAACCCUCAUGGCAUCCAGACCCCUCAGUGUGACCGUGCCACCGGCCAGUGCAUCUGCAACGAAGGGGUGGAAGGGCCGCGCUGUGACAAGUGCUCCCGGGGCUACUCGGGUUUCUUCCCCGACUGUGUGCCGUGCCACCAGUGCUUUGCCCUCUGGGACGUGAUCAUCAGUGAGCUGGCUAAUAGGACCCAGCAGUUCCUGGAUAGGGCUAAUGCCCUGAAAAUCACUGGAGUCACUGGCCCAUACCAGCAGACGCUCAACACCCUGGAGGAGAAGCUCAGUGAAAUUAAAACCAUCAUUGCUCAAAAUCCAGCUGCCGAGCCCCUGAAGAACAUUGGGAAUCUCUUUGAGGAAGCAGAAAAGCUGGCAGGAGAUGUUACAGUUAAGAUAGCCGACAUACAAGAAAACCUGUCAGCCUUAGCAGUGAAGAGCAACAGCACAGACACUGACCUGAGCGCGCUGGAGACAGAUGCCAAAAGCCUAGACCGUGUCGUGAAAGAACUUGCAGAGCAGCUAGAGUUCAUCAAGAUCUCUGAUGUUCGAGGGGCCUUGGACAGUAUCACCAAGUAUUUCCAGAUGUCCCUGGAGGCAGAGGAGCGGGUCAAUGCCUCCACUGUCCUCCCCGGUAGCGCCGUGGAGCUGUCGGCGCAGACGCGGCAGGAAGUGGAAGACUUAAUCAGCGAGAAGGAGGCCCACUUCAAGGCUAAACAAGAGGAGCAGUCGCGCCUGCUGGAUGAACUCGCAGGCAAGCUGCAGAGCUUGGACCUCUCCGAAGUGGCUGCGAAGACGUGCGGCACUCCAGCAGGAGCCUCUUGUGCCGAGUCCAAGUGUGGUGGUUUAAACUGUCGAACAAAAGAGGGACAGAAGAAGUGUGGAGGACCCGGCUGCGACGGGCUGGUGACCGUAGCUCACAAUGCCUGGCAGAAAGCCAUGGAUUUUGACAGAGACAUCCUCAGCGCAUUAGCAGAAGUUGAGCAACUCUCCAGAAUGGUUUCUGAGGCAAAGCAGAGAGCUGAUGAAGCAAAGCAAAAUGCCCAAGAAGUUUUGCUCAAAACCAAUGCUACAAAAGAGCAAGUGGACAGAAGCAAUGAAGAUCUGAGAAAUCUUAUUAAACAGAUUAGAGACUUCCUAAUGCAAGAUAGUGCUGACCUGGACAGCAUCGAGGCGGUGGCUAAUGAAGUGCUGAACAUGGAGAUGCCAAGCACUCCCCAGCAGCUGCAAGCCCUGACAGAAGACAUUCGUGAGCGCGUGGAAAGCCUUUCUGAUGUUGAGGUCAUUCUGCAGCAGAGCGCUGGAGACAUCGCCAGAGCCGAAAUGCUACUGGAGGAAGCUAAAAAAGCAAGCAAAGGUGCAACAGAUGUUAAAGUCACGGCAGACAUAGUGAAAGCAGCGCUGGAAGAAGCUGAAAAAGCUCAGAAUGCAGCUGAAAAAGCCAUUAAACAAGCUGACGAAGAUAUUAAAGGAACCCAGGACCUGCUGACCUCGAUUGAAUCUGAAAAUGCAGCAUCUGAAGAAACACUGAACAAUGCUACCUUACGUCUAUUUGAGCUAGAGAGGAGCGUUGAAGACCUUAAGCGAAAGGCUGCUACAAAUUCAGAGAAUGUGGAUGAUAUAGAAGAAAAAAUUGUUACUGCAAAACAAAAUGCUGAAGAAGUCAAAAAGGUCCUCAAUACCGAGCUGAGCGACAAGUACAGGACGGUGGAAGAUCUCAUUGCCAAGAAGACAGAAGAGUCGGCGGCGGCGAGGAGGAAAGCCGGCAUGUUGCAGGAUGAAGCUAAAGCCUUGUUGGCUCAAGCAAACAGCAAACUCCAGCUCCUCAAAGAUUUGGAAAACACAUAUGAGAACAAUCAAAAAGUUCUGGAAGACAAAGCCAAGCAGUUGGUGGAGCUGGAAGAGACAGUCCGCUCCCUGCUACAGACAAUCAGCCAGAAGGUUGCUGUUUACAGCACUUGCUUAUAAAUGGGAGCAAGAAAUGCUUGUGUUCAGGAUGGGUUUUACAAGUAUUACACAAGUUCUUUUUGACAUUACACUAAGACCUGAUAAAGCAAUCAGGUUUUAUGUUGACUUUCAAGUCACAGAACCAAAGACAAGUAACUUUUUGAUGUUGAAAAAUAAACAGUACUUUUGUAUCACUGUAUGUACCUAGUAUGACUCGUCAAGUUCCUUCCUGUUUUCAGCAGCUGAAAUGGUACAUCAAUUAAUCCUUUAACAAGUUGUGUUUUUAGACUGGUUUAGAGAUCUAAUAAAAUCUUGGCUCCAACU